UUUUUUUCCUAGACUUAAACUAUCAGAUUAUAAUGAUAAUUACAGGCAAGAUGCACGUUUUGGAAACUCAUACUGGGCGGAGGAUCAUUUCUGGCGCUAUCUGCUACGCGUCCUCACGUCCUGGGCGAUAGUUUAUGAUGUCACAUAUCUGGAGCCACAACAAAAACGACCAGAAGAAAGUAAAGAGGACUUCGCGCAACGCGUGCAGAAAGUUAUUGCCGACACUGCGUGUGCUGAAAGUCUCGGCUUCGACGGGCGUCUAUGGUAUAUGAAACAUGAGCAGGAACGAAUGAAACGUCUUCAAAUGAGAAAUGUCGCAAGUCGUUUGAAAAAGUUCUUGAACGAAGAGGCCCACUCACCGCAAACGGCAGUGUCUUGGCUAAAAGCACCUAAAAUAUUGAAUGGUGUUAAAACGCCGCCACUGUCAUCCAGCAUCUCGUCUGAUCCAGCAAUAUUAACGCUAAGGAAAAUAAAUUCAUAA